GCCCGAGUAAUUCCUUGGGCGGCUUGCUGCAGGUGGCAGCUCCUCCCAUACCAUCCCAUCCCGCUCCCAGCGGCGUAUGUAGAACGAUUUUAUGUUUAUGCUGGCUAACAAUGGCUGCCUUUGUUGUAGCUCGCCGCGCUCCCCAAAAAGAAAAGCGAAGGAAAAGGCAGGCGAGCGACAACCACUGGUGGCUAGUAGUCAGUCAGUCUGUGCUCUGCCCUGGCCAGCGGCAGACGGAACCGUGCCGCCGCGAUCUGAUCCCAUACGUUUCGAUCAAAAGAACCCAUAAACCCGAACAUCGCGCUCUUUUAUUUCAAAUUUUUGUUCGCUUCACGGGCAGUUUUGCCAUUAAUUUCGACUGUUAUCGCUGGUAGAGUAACGAAAUUUUAUUUUAGACGAGCCGGGCAGCUCGUAAAACUCAACACACAUCAUUCAUAAGCAUUCAGCUUGCGGCCAGGCCAGAGAUCUCCGUUGCAUUGCUGCAGCUUUAAUGGUAAACACCGAGUGGAUCGCUCUUAUAUAACGAUAAAUCAGGAUACCUGACAAGAUGUUAACACUGUCUGACAGUUUAUGAGGUGUAUAAGGAACGUGCGUUGUUCCAUGUGCGUGUGGAUUGCCCCUUGCCAACGUCCAGAGAGCCCUAGGAGGGGAGCGUGAUCCGGAACCGGAACCUGCGCAAGAAUGAAGCGCGACGUGUCCACGUCGACCAUCGGUCGGGAUGAGGCUCGCCGUCCCCUGAUGGAGGCCUACAUGUUUCAGCGGCGGGUGCUGCUCGGCUGCAGCCUGCUCAUGGUGGUGUCCCUGCUGAUCUGGAUAGUGGCCAUCUCGACCGAUCACUGGAUCAUCAUAUCCGGCGGAAAGGGCAUUUUCAUCCCGGAGUCGCGGCGCUUCUUCAUGUCCUCGCACUCGGGAUUGUGGCGCCACUGCCGCAACACCAUAGUACCGAAUGCCAUUGGCAAUGCCCCGGUGGUGCGUAACUUCAGCUCCAUGUCGUACACCUCGCAGACGAAUAUCAACGAGGCGAAGCGGAAUCUCUCGCACAUGGACUUCAUCAAGCAGUUCGCCCAGGAGAAGUUGGAGCCGGCGGACAACUUCACGGAAUCGGCGCGUCGCCACAUGUUUGCCCACUGGGUGCGAGGGGAGGACGAAGAGUUCCAGACGCUGCGCAAUGCCUUCCGCGCCCUGGUGAUGAACACCGAGGAGAACCAGCGGCAGUUCAAUGCCACAGCGAUAAAGCCAAUACCCAUCAAUCCUCUGGAUGUCCAAGGGAUUAUAGAGAGGAAAACAUUUGGAUCGGCACUGCAGCGGGUUAAGUACAACAACACCUGGUCGUACUAUGUGAUCCCCGAGGUGGCCCAACUGGCCAUUUUCAGCAACUGGACGGAUUUCCCACUGGUGGUCCGACUGUUGGGCACCUACAUUCGGGAUAUCAACAUCCCUGCCUAUGUUCUGAACGACGAGCGGGUGAUCCUCAUCCUUGUGCCUCCAUUGCCGCCCAAAAGGGGCCAGCCCGCCUACUACACCUAUAUACCGAAUCAGCGCUGCAAGUACAUCGACAUGUUCCCCAACUCCAAUGCCCUGCGCACUGAGCCCGGCUUCGAUGACGAACUAUUGGUCGCUUGGUAUUCCCUUUCAGACUACAUCCGGACGCAGGCGUCCUUUGCCUGCAUAACUCUGUUCGUGAUGAGCCUGGGCGCCGUCUUCUCGUUCUACACGUUCAUGAAUCCCCGCUACAUGUUCAAGCGCCUGGCAGGUGGCAUCCACCUGGUGGCAGCCUCCACGGCUCUUGUGGUGCUCCAGGUACUCUUCUCCUCGAUUGACUACACUAAGGAGCAUCUCUUCUACGCCUAUCCUGACGGAGCGGAGCUAACCUAUGGCUACGGCGUCUACUUGGCCUGGUUCACCUUCGUGGACAACAUUCUUUGCGGUGUUAUGUUCCUCUGGUACUCGGGCAAGAAGAAGGGCGCCAAGGCGCCCAACGACGAGGUGGCCAUGGCCGAUGAGCCCACCAUCAUGGGCAGGUAACUGAAGCUGCCACGAUGACCGGGUAUAUUUUCUGGGGGAUUCCUAAUCCCUCCUGCGACCAAAGACCAAAGCAACCGGCAAACUCGCCGCCGUUGCUUUUCAUUUCACUUUUGUUAAUUGUUGUUUUCUAAUGGCUGUACUUAAAAUGUUCGCUUUAUAACUACAUUUAAGAAUCUCAAGGCAAUAAACGAAUUUUUUUCAGUCACUAA